AAACCCGGCAGGAUUUGGGAGAGCGCUAAAGGAAACCCGGCAGGAUUUGGGAGAACGGUAAAGGAAACCCGGCAGGAUUUGGGAGAGUGGCAGAGGAAAAGCCGGUGGAUGUCUGAGGAGUUGUGGAUCUGCAAAGAAAAACAGCCCAAGUUUCGAAAAGAGUGGGUUUCCAAGGGAAAAUAAAGUCAAGCUCCGGACCGCGUCGGUGACGAGGCGAGCGCCGGUGCUGUGAGGGCAGCGUUAUCCCAGUGGUUCCAUGGCUAYGCAGCACUGGAGGGGUCUCCCCUUUGGGAAUCUCUCCGACUGCCCCAAUGGCUCCCGCUGGAUCAUGGAUGUGUUCAACGAGUGUGCCCAGGACGCCUGGGAUGUCGCCAGCAUCAUCUUGGGGCUGGGCUCCAUCGUUUGCUUCGUUGCUGCAGCCUUCCCGCAGUUUUACCAGGCCUGCAGAACGGGCACCAUGGACCAGGCUCUCUCCCUCUAUUUCCUGCUGGGAUGGCUGGGCGGAGACCUCCUCAACCUCAUCGGUUCCUUCCUGGCUGAUCAGCUGCCCCUGCAGGUGUACACAGCCAUUUACUACGUGCUGGCAGAUCUGGUGAUGCUCUCCCUCUACUGCUACUACCGGGUGAAGAACAGGGGCAGAGCGUUCCCUGCUCCCAUCAAUGCCACCUUCGUGUUCCUGUCUGUGGGGUCCCUGUCCGGCCUCUCCCUCCUGGGCAGUGCCAGCCCUGAGGAUCCAGGGACCUUCAAAGGGAGRUCUCUGCUGUCAGCACCCGAGGAUGAGCUUGGGUCAAAGCCUUUCUCCAGGACUGAAAUCAUUGGAUUCACCAUUGGCUCCAUCUCCUCYGUGUUCUACCUGUGCUCCCGAGUGCCCCAGAUCUGCACCAAUUACAAGAGGAAAUCCACCAGCGGRGUCUCCUUCUCUCUCUUUGCCCUGGUGAUGCUGGGGAAUUCCCUGUACGGCCUCAGUGUCCUCCUGAAGAACCCGGAGCCGGGCCAGGGCCGAGGUGAYUACGUUCUGCACCACCUGCCCUGGCUCGUGGGCAGCCUGGGCGUGCUGGCCCUGGACGUGGUUAUCUCCUUCCAGUUCCUCGCCUAUCGGAAAGGACGGCCCGGAACCCUGGAGGAGAGGGGUGCUCUCCUGGGGCAGCAGGAGGAGAGCCUGGAGAGCUGACAGAGAGCCCUGCCCCACAGAGACAGGAGGAGGAGGAUGCAUAUGAGGAAGGUGCCCUUAGGGCCGGGCAAACCGGCCCCUCCAUCCCGGCGGCCCCUGAGACAAGAGGCCCUGAGCCCAUGGGUGACACUGUGUGCUGCCAGGCCCGUGCAGAGGGUGCUGCUGGGACACUUSGUGCCUCUUCGAUACCAAUGAUGCCUUCAGGAUAAAAGGGAAUUUCUGGAUACCUCAGCUGCUCUGUGCUGCUCCACUGCCCCACAGCUGAGCCCGGUCACUGCCGUGUGUCCCGAGGGUCACCUGGAGCUUCCUCGGUGCUGAAGAACAUGGGAAGAGCCUGAGUGGGGAGGGGACAGGGAUGACUGAGCAGCCACAGGCACGAGCACCACUGUGGCCUCGCAUCUCCCCCUCAGCUCCUUCUGGAAGACACACGGGGCUGGAUCCAGUGGGGAAGGAGCAGCAGAACCAAAGUGCUCAGUCCACACCUAUUUUAAUUAGCACAACUCAUCUGCCCAUAAAACUUGUCCUUCCCCACCUGCYUCCCUUGAUUUAAUUUUGCUGCUUUGCCUGGCAGCUCCUGACUCUUUCCCAAUGGCUCUCACAGUCCCAUUUCUCUGACUUCUCCUUUUUUGCCUCACCCAUGUUUUAAUUGCAUUAAUUCCUUGGGGAAGUUGCUCCAUUGCUGUUCCC